UAACGGAAGUUCCAGGCAAGAAGCAGCGGCUUAUUUUCAAAAUCUACCAGAAGCCACUAAUGUCAAGGUCGACCCCUUCAUUGCUUCGUUUACCAUAAAUCGUCAGCAUUGCAAAUCGUUAGAUCACAACCGAAUCGAAACAUCAUGAACAUCGUUUCGAAUCUGGUGACAGUCAGUCUUCCAAAUUACCUCAAGAGUUUACCAGUUCCGAAUUCCUUAACAGAUUUUGCCAAACUGUCAGUUAAAGACUGGCUGAGUCUGGUGCCAUUUGUCGGGACUGUGUCCCUUAUUGUCUACGUCACGUCUCACACAUUCCAGGAGAAAUGGGAGCAGUAUCAGGGACGGAAUCGAGAUAAUCUCUGCAAAGUCAACCUGUCCAUCAAGAAAUGCAGCGACAAAGUGGUUGACAUGGUCGACAUUGAAGACCUCGGGGAUAAGGUUGUAUACUGUCGCUGCUGGAGGUCAGCAACGUUCCCUUUCUGCGAUGGCUCACAUGCCAAACACAACAAGCUUACAUCUGACAAUGUCGGGCCUCUUGUCUUGAAGAGACGGGAAUCUGGACAAUGAAGUUGACCUGGCUUAGUCUCAAUGUUUUUUGGUGGUGGGGGAGGGUUAUUGUUGCCUAAACAACUUUUUCUUUGACCCCCCUUUUUUUUUUUUCAUUGUAGUUGUGAAAAUAGAAGUAUGUAAAGACAUAGUUCUUGAUUGAAUGAGGUCUUUUAUUUGCUCUGUGCUACCUCAUUGGCCAACUUUAUUUAAUUCAAAAUGCUAUUGCAUUGUUCCUGUUAGGAAUUGUGAAGAAAUCAUUUUAUAUCUAAAGUAUUACAUAUAUAUAUAUAUAUAUAUAUAUACAUACAUUUCAUAUAUAUUAUACCGAUAUAUAUGCACAUAUAUACACAUAUAAUUGCAUAUAUAUGUAUGUAUAUUUAUGUAUGUAUGUCUCAAGUAUUAUUUUUAUUUCAUUUUCUUCUUUUUUUUCUUUUGUAUUUAUAUAACAAAAAUGUUAAAAACAACCAUAAAACAGUGAAAAAACAAGUGCUUACACCGAGAGAAAGAACAUUGUUGUUUCAGCUCAGAGGCCUGGGCAGACCUGUGAUCAAAGGCAUUCCAGCCAUGAUCAUCUUGUCUUAGUCAUGUCUAGGACCACAUUGUCGUAUGUGUCUGUCCUUAUUCAAGAUGACAGGGUUCUGGUUUAUAGGCAACCUCUGCAUGUCCCGCAAUCACGUAGACAUGUCCAAUAGUCUAUUGUUUGUUACAGGAAACUUUGGAAGAAUUUCUCAAACAUUUUGGUGGGGUUUUUUUUUUGUUUUUUAAAAGAAAUUAAAUUUAAACUUUCAACUGGUUAGUGCUUUCUUUCACAUAUCAUUUCCUAAGAGUAUUCUUUAUAUAUCUCUUGGGGUAAAAAAGGAAAAAAAAUGUUAAGAAAACAUCUUUUAAUAAUAAU